CAAAAAUUAGUUAGUUCUGCCUAGUUGUCUAGGGUUUCGCCGCUACUUUCACUGUUCACGUGGAAAGGUUGCUGUCGAAUUCUGAUUUCUACCGUCGUUAUGGCGGAAGACAUGGAGGAGACGUAUGCUCAGUUGAAUCUCAACGAUGAUGAAGAAGACGGGGUGGAUUUGGAUGAAGUUUUGGGAGAUGAGGUGCGGGUUGAGGCACCACUUUGCAUGGUCGGAAGGCUAUUAACGGAUAGGUCGAUCAAGUUUCCCUUUUUCAGAGAUACAAUGGCUGAUGUUUGGCGUCCGGGGGGAGGAGUGAAUAUACGUGAAUUUGGAGAACGCAGGUUCCUAUUUCAAUUUGUCAAUAUUGUUGAUUUUGAAAGAAUGUGGGUGGAUGGGCCUUGGUGUUUCGACAAUUCUCUGCUGAUUUUACAGAAGGUGGAGACUAAGUCUAAUCCGGCCUUGAUUCCUUUAACUCAUAUGGCAUUCUCGGUCCAUGCAUACAAUAUACCUUUCGAGCUUUUCACGGAGAAAGUUGCUAUAAUCAUUGGCAAUCAGGUUGGUGCUUUUAUAUAAGUGGAUGAUAACAAUUUUAAAGGGGAUUUGUACGAGUACAUGCGUAUUAGUGUCAAUUGCUGGGGACGUUCCCUUGAGGCGUCGUGUGAAACUCAAACGGGCCGGUGUACCUAUUUGGAUAGAUUUGAAGUAUGAAAGAUUACAACACUUUUGUUUCAUUUGUGGUCUUAUGAGUCACACGGAUCGCAUGUGUCCUAAACGUUUUGCAUUUGCUGAGGAAGGAAAGGAGGAGUAUGGAAGUUGGUUACAUGCUGGAAAUAGAAGAGGGGGUUCGGGCAGGGGCAGUAGAUGGCUGACUAAUGAAGCAGGCCAAUUUUUGCAUGGGAGUCCUUUGAGUUCUAUAUGUUCGGGAGGUAGCAGUAAUAUGCUGGUGGAGGAAGGCAUCAAAAUCUCACAACAGGAUGUGGGGGUUUCCACCAGAAAAAGGAAGUCCUCAGUUGAUGUGGGGACUGUUGCGGGGUCUUCACAUGAGAAGACUUUUAAUUCACAAAAUACGGAAGUUUACUUUCCAAAAAAUGGUGUAGCGGCGGGUUUUGGUUCCCAGACCCGACGAGAAUCAUGAGUUGUUUUAGUUGGAACUGUCGCGGGCUAGGGAACCCGGCGACAGUUCAAGCGUUAGUGGACGUGGUCCACUUGAAGCGGCCGUCGUUGAUUUUUUGAUGGAGACUCUGUCCAAUUAUGAUAGGAUGGAGAUUAUUAGAAGAAAGGUGGGCAUGGCUCAUUGUGUGGUAGUUGAUAAUGUUGGACAUAGCAGAGGUUUGGCUUUACUUUGGGAGGAAGGAAUUCAAGUUCAGUUGCUGCACUCUUCUUCUCAUUUUAUUGAUGUUAAGGUUUGUUUAGACCAUGGGGCAGUUUGUUGGCGAUUUACGUACGGGUUUCUAUGGAUGUCCAGAAUGGAGUAGACACAGGGAGUCUUGGGUGUUACUUAAAACGUUGAGUCAUGGUAAUGAUCAUCCAUGGCUUGUUAUGGGAGACUUUAAUGAUCUUAUGUUUGAUUCUGAAAAACGCGAAAGAGCUCCUCAUCCACCGUGGCUGGAAAGGGGUUUUCGGGAGACUGUUUGGGCAUAUGGGUUGAGGAAUUUUGCAUUCCACAGAUACCAAUUUACCUGGGAACGGGGUAGAGGCUCUCGGAACUGGGUCGAAGAGAAGCUGGACCGGAAUUUAGUCUCGGAAAGCUGGCUCCUAUGGGAGUAUUUACGCAAUCGCACGGACUCAUGGUGUACGGGUGAAUUCCAGCGGGUUAAGCAAUAAUAUUUGGAUUUGCUGGAAAAAGAAAAUCUUUUUUUGGCGUCAAUGAGCUAAAGAAUUUUGGUUGGUUGGAGGAGACCUUAAUACCCGUUAUUUUCAUAAUUCCGUUAAGCAUAGACGGCGGUAGAAUAAGAUUGAAGGUUUGAGGCUUUCAAACGGACAGUGGGAGCAAGACAGGUCCGAGAUAGGGAAGUUGAUUGGAGACUAUUUUUCUCAAAUCUUCUCAGCAGGUACUGGUAGGGGAGAUUUCGUGUUCAGUUGUGUCCAACGUAAGAUAAAUGAAUCCCAUAACCAGGAGCUCCUUCGGCCAAUUAGUGGGGCUAAAGUCAAAGAGGCUUUAUUCGCCAUGUAUCCAGAUAAAUCACCCGGACCGGAUGGUAUGAGCCCGGGUUUUUAUCAACACUAUUGGGAUGUCGUGGGUCCUGAUGUUAUUAAUUUUUGUAAGGGGAUUUUUGAGACAGGUAAACUUCCGGAGAGAAUUAAUCAUACUAAUAUUGUAUUGAUCCCUAAAAAGAUAGUCCGGAAGUUAUUGGUGUUUGGAGGCCCGUAGCGCUGUGUAAUGUUAUAUAUAUGAUUUUUUCUAAGCUUUUAGCGAACAGAUUUAAACAUCUGUUACACCUUUGUGUGUCAGAACAGCAGAGUGUGAUCAUUCCGGGUAGGCAUAUUGUUGAUAAUAUUAUGUUAGCUUUCGAGUCUCAGCAUUUUUUGAAACGAAAGCGGAAUGGUAAGAUGGGAUUUGUAGCACUGAAACUAGAUAUGAGCAAAGCCUACGACCGGGUGGAACGGUCCUUUCUGGAAGGAAUGAUGAGGCACAUGGGCUUUGACGAUUGAUGGGUGCAUUUGGUCCUGAAAUGCGUCUCUUCAGUUUCUUAUUCUAUUCCGUUUGAUGACUCAGAGAUUGAUCUGCCGCUUCCUGGGAGAGGCCUGCUCCAGGGGAUCCUCUUUCUCCUUAUUUAUUUUUACUUGUGGCAGAGGGACUUAGUGCCUUAUUCCGUAAAUAUGAAUCUAUGGGCCGCCUUCACGGGGUUUCAGUGGCCCAAGGGGCUCCGAGUAUUUCUCAUUUAUUUUUUGCAGAUGAUAGUCUGCUAUUUUUUCGAGCCACUCAUUCGGAAGCAUCUUUAAUUAAGGAGACAUUGAUUGACUAUGAAGAAGCGUCGGGUCGGGUAAUAAAUUUUAACUAAUCAAAGGUUUUCUUUAGUUCUAACGUCCUAGCUGAGCUCAGAGAGGGAUUGAUUGAUUUGUUGGGAGUGGGUUUGGCUAGUAGUGAGGAUACUUUGGGAGUGGGUCUCCCGACGUUAAUUUGGAGGGGUAAACGAGCUAUUUUAGGCUACAUCAGACAGAGAGUGGUGAAAAGAAUUACUAGUUAGAAUAAUAAUUUUUUAUCUAAAGCGGGAUGGGAGAUUCUUUUGAAAUCGGUUAUUCCGGCCAUGCCGAUUUAUGCCAUGAAUGUGUUUUUGUUGCCUAAUGAUUUAUGUCAGGAAAUUGAAGUCCUGAUGAAUAGCUUCUAGUGGAAGGGGAAAUCGAGGAGAGGUAUAAGGUGGAAAGAUUGGGCUGCCCUAUGUCGGCCGAAAAAGGAAGGGGGUUUGGGGUUCAAGAGAUUGCGGGAAUUUAACUUAGCAAUGCUUGCUAAACAAGUCUGGCGUCUUUUUAUUCACCCAGAUUCUUUAGUAGGGAAGGUUUUUAAGGCUCGAUAUUUUCCAAGAGGUGACUUUUUAUCAGCUAAUCUUGGAAGUAACCCUUCUUUCAUUUGGCAGAGUCUUUUUGAGACCCAAGAUCUCAUUCGGGAUGGGUUUCCUUGGCGGGUUGGAGAUGGUAAAUCUAUCAACAUUUGGAAAGAUCCCUGGCUGCCCGAUCUUAAUAAUCCCAGAAUCUUAAGUGAUACUCCCUCCGUUCCUAUUAAAACUUCCAACUUUGCUUUUUCGUCCGUUCCAAUUAAAACUUCCACUUUCCCUUUUUAGUAAAGAAUUUGUGGUUCACAACAUUUCUUACACAUUUUUCUCUCCUCUGCACAACUCUCCACCACACAAUACCCAUUAUCUUAAAUUGUGUGCCAAAUCUAUUUGGAAGAUAAAAUAGGAACGGAGGGAGUAUUAUUAAUGGUUUGCAGGAGACUACAAUGACUAAUCUCUUUGUUGUCAGGAGGCGUGAGUGGGAUGGGGAUAUUCUUAAGGAUUUAUUUAUUGAGAAAGAUGUUUCAUUAAUCAAAAGUAUCCCGAUUAGUUUACGAGAUAUACCGGAUAAACUUUGUUAGAGAUGGGAAAGAAAUGGCCUCUUUUCUGUUAAAAGCUGUUAUAGGAGGUUCAGACUUCCAGAAGUGUAGGUCACCAAAGUCAGAAAGAUCGGGUGGCAUCUUGUAGCAAACCAACCUUGGGGCGGUCGAAACUGAACGUGGAUGCCGCGGUUCGUGUAUGAGGGUGGGUCUGGGCUGGUGUCUACGGGAUGAGGCAGGGAGUUUUGUGGCUGGAGGGGCUCGACCGUGGAUGGGGAACUUAUCCCCCUUAGACAGCGGAACUAGUAGGCAUCAAGGAGGCUUUGAGUUGGAUACUGGAUUUUGAUUUGAAGUGGAGUCCGAUUCAGCGAGUGCCAUUGCAGAACUACAUAAAGUUUCAAGCAGCUCCUCUUGUCGGAGAAUUUUUAUUACAUUUCUUUUACUCACGCGAGGCGAUCAGCGAACAAGGCUGUCCAUGAGCGGCUUGUUCUUUACCUGAUUUGCAAACUUGCUUUGAUGUUCCUCCGGUUUUUCUUAAUUGUAUUUUGAACAAUGAUUUGAUUAAUACUAAUUAAGUUUCUUUCCUUCAAAAAAAUGAAUAAAACAUUGACAAUCGAAAUGUUUAAUCAUCAAUGUGUAAUACCGUAUAUAUCAUAUAUAAAACUAAAUGUGAUCAAGUUAUAUCUUUAAAA